GUCGUUUCCCUCCAGCCCCUCCCUAGCCAGUGGGCUGUCAUCUGAAAGCUGUUGAAAAGCCGUUAAGAGGCAGGACCGGGAGGGAGAGCUGCAGUGCAGCACACCUCGUGCCGGCAGAAGGUGCUUGCACGCCGGCGCCAAUUAGAGCGGACUGUUCCCGGGACCGUGGCACCGGGCGCCCUGUCAAUCAAGGCGCUACAAUAGCACGUGCAGCGGCGGUGGCUCCAGACCCCGGCAGAGGCUUGUCUUCCCCCCAGCUGCUGGCUGGGAGUGAGUUUGAAGCUUUCUGCACGAUCAUGGAGCAGAGCCUGGGUUCAAUAAUGCAUCCUGAGGCAAACUGUUACCUGAGUCAAAGCUCUAAAUAAUGCAUUUGCUGGGGACGACCGCGGUAGCAGGAGAGAAUGCUGGAACCCCAUGGCACGAUUUCUGCCUGAGAUGGAAAGAUGUCUCACUAUCAUUUUAUCAAGUGCUGUUGCUUUCAGCUAUGUAACGUUUUUCGAUCGCAUGAAAUGGAAAUUGACCAGUGCUUGCUGGAGUCCCUCCCCCUGGGCCAGCGGCAGCGGCUGGUGAAGCGCAUGCGCUGUGAGCAAGUCAAAGCCUACUAUGAGAGAGAGAAGGCGUUCCAGAAGCAGGAGGGGCUCCUGAGAAAGCUGAAGCAUGGGCGGAGUCAGAAAGUUCGUUUCAAUCUUGCUGACAUGAUGCAGGAUGCAGUUAUCCACCACGAUGACAAAGAAGCGCUGCGACUGCUGAAGGAAGGGGCCGACCCCCACGCGCCCGUGUCCUCAGGAGGGUCCCUGCUCCAUCUGUGUGCCCGGUACGAUAACGUCUUCAUUGCAGAGAUCCUGAUUGACAGGGGGGUCAACGUCAACCACCAGGAUGAAGACUUCUGGACCCCCAUGCACGUUGCCUGUGCCUGCGAUAACCCAGAUGUCGUCCUGCUGCUUGUCUUAGCUGGAGCCAAUGUCCUUCUCCAGGACGUCAAUGGAAAUAUCCCACUGGAUUACGCCUCGGAAGGGACAGAAUCCAGCUCCAUCCUGUUGACCUACCUGGAUGAAAAUGGAGUGGAUCUGACCUCACUGCGUCAGAUGAAGCUUCAGAGACCAAUGAGUAUGUUAACAGACGUCAAACACUUCUUAUCGUGCGGAGGAAAUGUUAACGAGAAAAACGAUGAUGGCGUGACACUGUUACACAUGGCAUGUGCAAGUGGCUACAAGGAGGUGGUGUCUCUUCUCCUGGAACAUGGCGGAGACCUCAACAUAGUAGACAAUCAGUACUGGACCCCGCUCCACCUGGCAGCAAAGUAUGGCCAGACGAACCUCGUGAAACUUCUUUUGAGGCAUCAGGCAAACCCACACCUUCUGAACUGCAACGAGGAGAAGGCUUCAGAUGUCGCCGCGUCUGAGGGCAUCGAGGAGAUGCUGCUGAGAGCCGAGGUGGCCUGGGGCGGAAGCGUGCGGGAGCCUUGCUGCGUCCCCUCCGCGGCCCACGAGGAGCUGUAUGAAGAGGUGGCCCACGACCCCCCCGCCCUUCCCGGCAAGCUCAGGCCCCUGGUGUUGCCAAUUGCCAAGCAAGACAGUUUGUUGGAAAAAGACAUUAUGUUCAAAGAUGCAGCAAAAGGUCUAUGCAAGCGACAGUCUCAGGACAGCACUCCGGAAAAUGCCACCGUGAAUGGCCCCAUCAAACCCGAGCAGAUCAAGCUGAUGCCUCCGGCUCCAAAUGAUGACCUGGCAACGCUCAGCGAGCUCACAGACGGCAGCCUGCUUUAUGAAAUUCAGAAGCGCUUUGGGAACAAUCAGAUCUACACUUUUAUUGGGGACAUCCUCCUGCUUGUCAAUCCAUUCAAGGAGAUUCCAAUGUAUUCCACCAUGGUGUCGCAGCUGUACCUGCGCGGCGCGGGGCCGCCCGGCGCCUCCCCGCCGCCUCACAUCUUCUCCUGCGCCGAGCGCGCCUUCCACCAGCUCUUCCAGGAGCGGAGACCGCAGUGUUUCGUUCUCAGUGGAGAAAGAGGAUCUGGAAAGUCCGAAGCCAGCAAACAGAUAACGAGACACCUCACCUGUAGGUCUGGCGCCAGCAGGCCUAUGUUCGAUUCCAAAUUUAAACACGUCACAUGCAUCCUGGAAGCCUUUGGACAUGCCAAGACCACGCUUAACGACCUGUCCAGCUGCUUUAUUAAGUAUUUUGAGCUACAGUUCUGUGAGAGGAGAAAACACUUAACGGGAGCCAGAAUUUAUACGUAUAUGCUGGAGAAAUCCAGGCUUGUCUCGCAGCCCCUCGGCCAGAGCAAUUUUCUCAUCUUCUACUUGUUGAUGGACGGCUUAUCCGCUGAGGAGAAGCACGCGCUGCACCUCGGUAACUUACGUGCUCAUCGGUAUUUGAACCAGACCUUUCGAGACGAUGUAUCAACAGCAGAGCAUUCUCUGAACAGGGAGAGAUUUGCUGUUUUGAAACAAGCCCUGAAUGUAAUUGGCUUCAGCAACUUGGAGGUGGAGAAUCUGUUUGUGAUUCUAGCAGCCGUGUUACACAUUGGAGACAUUCGGUUCACCGCCCUGACCGAGGCGGACUCGGCGUUUGUGUCUGACCUCCAGCUCCUGGAGCAAGUGGCUGGAAUGUUGCAAGUAUCAGCGGAUGAAUUGGCGUCUGCUUUAACGACUGAUAUCCAAUAUUUUAAAGGGGAGCUGAUCACACGGCGGCACACCGCAGAGAUGGCUGAAUUUUACCGGGAUCUCCUGGCCAAGUCCUUGUACAGUCGUCUGUUUGGCUUUCUGGUGAACAUGGUGAACAGUUGCCUCCACAGUCAAGACGAGCCCAGCAGCACACAGACCUGGGAUAUUGGAAUAUUGGACAUCUUUGGCUUUGAAGAAUUUCAAAAGAAUGAAUUUGAGCAACUCUGUGUCAACAUGACCAAUGAGAAGAUGCACCACUAUGUCAAUGAAGUGCUUUUUCAACACGAGCAAACAGAAUGUGUACAGGAGGGAGUUACCAUGGAAACCGCUUAUGCUCCUGGUAACCAGACUGCAGUUUUGGAUUUUUUUUUCCAGAAGCCUUCUGGAUUUCUCUCUUUAUUGGAUGAAGAAAGUCAAAUGAUUUGGUCAGUGGAAACAACUCUUCCCAAAAAGCUACACAGUCUUCUAGAAUCCUCCAACACGAAUGUGGUCUACUCUCCCAUGAAGGAUGGGAACGGGAAUGUCGCCCUCAAAGACCACGGCACAGCGUUCACCGUCAUCCACUACGCAGGACGGGUAACGUAUGAAACUGUUGGAGCAACUGAAAAAAAUAAAGAUUCCCUUUCACAGAAUCUUCUAUUUGUGAUGAAAACUAGUGAAAACGUCGUGAUCAAUCAUUUGUUCCAGUCGAAACUGUCAGAAACAGGAUCCCUCGUAUCUUCCUCUCCUUCUUGUAAAUUCAGAGGACACAGAUCUGCCCGGCUCAGCAAGCACAUGCCAGAGUCUUCAGCGAUCGGGGACAAGAGGAACUAUCUAGAGCUUAGUAAGUUAUUAAAAAAGAAAGGAAAUUCUACAUUUCUUCAAAGACUAGAACGGGGAGGUCCGGUCACCGUGGCGUCGCAACUCAGGAAAACCCUGCUGGACAUUACGGGGAAGCUUCAGAGGUGCUCCCCACACUUUGUUCAUUGCAUCAAGCCCAAUAACUCGAAGCUGCCAGAUGUGUUCGAUAACUUUUACGUGUCAGCCCAGCUGCAGUACAUCGGGGUCCUGGAGAUGGUGAAGAUCAUCCGGCACGGAUACCCCGUCCGCCUUUCCUUCUCGGACUUCCUGUGGAGGUAUAAGCCGGUGGCCGAGACCCUCCCAGGCGCCGAGAUGCUGUCCCCCGAGGAGAGAUGCCGGCUCGCCCUCCAGCGGUGCAGGUUACAAGGCUGGCAGAUCGGAGUUCGCAAAGUGUUUCUGAAACACUGGCAUGCCAACCAGCUAAAUGACUUGUGCCUGCAGCUGCAGAGAAAAAUUAUCACCUGCCAGAAAGUUAUAAGAGGGUUUUUAGCACGCCGGCAUCUGCAUCAGAAAAGGAGCAUCACACAGCAGGAGGUCACGUCCAUCAGGAGCUUCCUACAGGUCACAGAGGACAUGGGGCUGAAGACCUACGACGCCCUGGUGGUUCAGAACGCCUCGGACAUCGCCCGCGAAAACGACCGGCUGCGGCGCGAAGUGAACGCGACCUUCCACGAAGAGAAGGCGGAGGCCAGGACCACGCAAGGUGGAGGAGCUAAGAGAGCUGAAGACAAGGGUGGACCCAGGCACUUCCACUGCAGCUCCGUCCCCGUCCCCAUGGUGGUGGACAGUCUGGUCCAGUCCCUGGCUGGCGCGUCCACCCGGUCUCCGUCUCUGCACUCGGUGUUUGGCCUCGAUGACAGCAGUGGCCUCCCGUCACCACGGAAACAGCCUCCGCCCAAGCCAAAGAGGGACCCCACCACGCGGCUGAGCGCCUCCUAUGAGGCUGUGAGCGCCUGCCUGUGGGCUGCAGCCAGCGACUCGGCAGGUGAAGGCCUCGCCCGGCCGCGGCCGCACAGCGAUGACUACAGCGCCAUGAAGAAGAUUCCGCCCCGGAAGCCCAAGAGGAGCCCGCACACCAAGCUCAGCGGCUCCUCGGAGGAGAUCGCGGGCGCGCGGCAGAGGGCGGCCGGGGCCGGGGGCGCGCGAUGCGGAGGGUCCGGCCCGCAGCGCGCCCGGGGGGUCCCCGCGCCCCCCGCGCGCGAGCCCGAGCCCGAGCCCGAGCCCGUGUACAUCGAGAUGCUGGGCCGCGCCGGCAGCCCCGAGCAGGCCGAGGCCGUUUACGAGGAGAUGAAGUACCUGGCGCCCCCCGACGACCCCGGCGGCCGCGGGGUGGGCGCCUCGGCGGCGUCCGCGUCGCCGCCUCUGCCGCGCGAGGCUCGCAGCCUCCUCCUCCUGGAGGACGACGACGCCGGCAGCCCCGCGCCCGGGCCCGGCAGGGACGCGUGCGACAUCCCCGCGCCCUUCCCCAACCUGCUGCCGCACCGGCCCCCGCUCCUCGUGUUCCCCCCGACCCCGGUCACCUGCUCCCCCGCGUCCGACGAGUCGCCCUUGACGCCCCUGGAGGUGAAAAAGCUGCCGGUGCUGGAGACCAACCUCAAGUACCCCGUGCAGCCCGAGGGCGCCAGCCCCCUGUCCCCCCAGCACCCCAAGAACCCCAAGGGGGACGGCGACCGGCCCGCGUCCCCCGGCGCGCACAGAGCCUCCCCGCCCCCCACGCCCCCGCCCGCGCCACCCGCCGCCCCCCGGCCGCCCGCACACUUCACUUUGGCGCCCGAGCCCGGUGUGGGGAGGCCCGGGGCCCCCGCAGACCCGCCCAAGGGCCCCCCGAAGCCGGACUCGGCCCAGGCGGGGGCGCCCUGCAGCCCCUUCUCCAAGAUCCCUUACUCACCUGGGAAGGCGGCCCGGGCCGACCACAGGAAGGCCCAUCCCGGCGCCCCCUCCUCGGUGCCCUGCAGCCCCCCGAACUCCAGGCCUCUGGGCAGCCCCCUGGACGAGCUGGCCAGCCUCUUCAACUCGGGACGGAGCGUGCUCCGGAGGUCGGCGGCCGGGAGGAGAAUCCGCGAGCCCGAAGGUUUUGAAACCAACAUGAACCUUACGAGCCGAGAUGAUCUUGGUGCACCAGACGUGGCAUCAGAGACCCAAGAUGGAAACGCGAAUAACCACGGAAUCCAGUUAUCUAAUUCACUCUCCAGUGCCGACACCGCUGAAAAUGGGAAUCCUGUCUCAAAUGGUUUACCUGAAGAGGAUGGAUUGUCCAGGUUGUCCGGGGGUGGAACCUCAUCCUUCCAGAGACACAGAGAGAGUCACACCACUCAGGUGAUCCACCAGCUGCGGCUCUCGGAGAACGAGAGCGCGGCGCUGCAGGAGCUGCUGGACUGGCGGCGGCGGCUCUGCGAGGAGCGGGAGGACUGGCCGCAGAUCCUGCGCCGCUCGGAGCCCAGGGCGCCGCCCCCGCCUCCCUGCAAGAAGCCCACGCUUCUGAAGAAGCCCGAGGGGGCCUCCUGCAGCCGGCUGCCCUCCCAGUUCUGGGACACCACCCUGUGAGGCGGCGCGGUGCUCCGGGCUCACGGGCGGGGCCGCGUCGGGAGCAUCCGCGCGCUCAGGCCGCACGUCUCCACGCAAAGCGCAGGACAGCCCGCUAAGUGCACGAGACCCCCUGGGCGUGUGCGCGCGCGCGUGCAUGCUUGUGUGUGCGUGUGCGCUUUCCCACCCGGGAUACGCUCAGAUUUUCAGGCCCCGCGGAUCCGGGCCGUGCGACCCCCCAGGGAGCGAGAGCAAGGCCGGGCCAAGGGUGGCCGCGGAGGGAGAGGACGCCAGGGCAGGAGGGGCCCACGCACACUGCGCAGCCGUGUCUGCGCGGUCCGACCGCGCGCGACUGUGCUUCGGUCACCGUGAGACACACUUACAGGACAUAGGUUCUCUUUCUUUGUAGGUGUUUGUGUUUUAUUGCAAUUCUGAUCCUGAUCGUUAUUUACAUGUUUGUUACUGUGUUUUAUAUCUUUAUGCAAUUGGUGGUGCUCCCUUUCUUCAAAAUACAGAUUUUAAAACAUCAUUUCUAGAACUUUUUUUCCCACAUACCUUUUAUUUUAUUUUAUUUUUUAAUGUAAAGUACCUGAAAAUGCUGAGACAGUAUCGUUUUUGCUUCGCCUUGUGGAGCCGUGCAAACCCCUGGCUGCAAUCCCACGUCUUCUGUUUCAUUCACUGGUCAGCAGGUGGUGCCUUCCCGUGCCCUGUAUUUCUGGGCGUGUGGGUUGGGAGCUCUUUACUUAAAUCUCAUCUCCUGACUUGGGCAGAGGUUACAGGAAGUGAGGCACUCACUUCAACUCACUUACAGGGCUUCAGAUUCAUAGCUGGGGCGUGAAGGGAUCGUGUCCAUUCAAAGGUCUGCCUAGUGCAGAGCAGCACACUGAGAGCCUCUGGCUGCAGUGGCUGGGCUGCUCCACAAGACCUGGUCCCUGCAGAGCUCCCCUGCAUGGCUCGCCGCCCCAAACCCUCUGCCUCCUUGGAUGCACAGGUCUUGCUUAUCCAUGGCUUCUGUCCACUGCUAGGAAGUUCUGAGUACUGGCAUCAGACCAUCAUGUCUUGCUCUUUGGAACUUUGUAUUCAUACCCACCUUUGAAAAGUUACUGUGGCAAUAAAAGGGUACAACUCUGUUCUUCUGUGCUGGUGUUUAUGUGCUGGUCGUGUUGUUUUGCACAAAUUUUUCCGUCUCCUAAUU